AUGUCUUUAGUUUCUUACGAAUAUAGUGACUCCAGCGACAUUGAAGAAAAUGAGAAUGAAACUGAUAAAAUGAAUAAAUAUGGUAUUCCCUUACUUGAUUGUUUACUGUUAAAUGACACAUUGCAUGAAAGUCUGCCAGCAUCUGGAAGUAAAUCAGAUUCAUCUGCCCAACUUGCAACAUCACCAAAUGUUAGCAACAGCUUGUUCAACCUUUUACCACAACCAGCUAAGAAAAAAGUAACAGUAGAAGAUGAUGAUGACGAGUUUUUGAAAAAAAAGGAAAGUCUAAAUGAUGUUGUGAAACCAAAAACAAAAAUAACAGUCCCCUCAUUAAGUGAUUUCAAAGAUUUAGACAGCAGUACUUCAAACCCAAAACCAAAGGUGAUAAAUGGGAAAAAAUCAGGCCUGCUGAGUAUGUUGCCACAACCUAAAAAUACUGUUUCAGUUACAAGUACAACAAAGUCAUUUGUCCCUCACAUACUAACCAAGAAACCAGUUUCUUCUGUAAAGAAAGAAGAAAAACCAUUAAUGUCUUCAGUGAAAAGAUUAAAUUCAGAUUUAAAAUCAUUAGCGAAAGAUUACUCUGAUGACAGUGAUGAUGAUGAAGUACAUAAUGAUUUCUUCUCAAUCCAUAAAACUGAAGAUAUACCAGAAGUACCUUUUGUCUCUGACAAAACAGAAAAGGUUGUUACUAAAUCAUACAAUCACAACUCAACAAGUAAUAUUAUUAAUUCUUAUUUCAAACCAGAUAUUGUUCAAGAGCAUGAAAUAUUACCAACUAAUGUUCCAACCACUACUGAAGAUUAUGGAAAUUCUGCAAAUGCUUCAUCUAGCACUGAAAAUGGGUAUAAUGUAGAAUCUUCAAAUUCAAAUGAAAUGAUACUAGACGAUGAAGCUAUAUUAAAAUUAUGUGGAGCCCGUGGGAAAAGAAAGAGAGAAGAAAUCCAAAUAGUGGAUGUCAAUCAAACAGAAGUGUUAGCAGAUGCAAGAGAAUGGCUUCUCAAAGGUCUCAUGGAUGACACCACCAAAAGAGUGUCCUCUAGUAAAAGAAGAGGAGAUGAACCCACAAGUCAGCAGAGAAGGAAACAUCAAAUCACUUACUUGGCUCAUCAGGCUAAAGCCAAUGAAGCAGAGUUACAAAAUCAAUGGGCCAACAACAGAAUGUCAAAAAGACAAACUCAAUCUAAGUAUGGUUUCUAGACUUAUAAACAUUUAAACUUGUAAAUAAAAUUAUGUAAGAAUAAAUGAAAACCUUGAC